AUGAAGUCUCGUGACUCCAAAGACAUUGACUAUGUGACUGAUUGUAGAAAUCUACAGGCCGUUAUGUCAGAUGGUCUUCGACCAGCAGACGACGCGGCAUUUUUGCAGCCAGGAAAACUCAUUGCCAUGCGAGAUCUGGAAUAUCCGGCCUUGGAAAAUGAGGAAGAGUCCCUGAUAGACCCUCAAAUCAACUCGAAACCGGAACCGGAGCCCAUAUAUCAAAACAGCACUUCCCUACAUUGGUCCGGGUUUCCGUCCUCCCAUGUCCCCGAGAAUUCGGUGCAGUCUCUAAGCAGAUGCCCAAGUCUCAUGAGUACCGGCACACUGAGUAGUCGCAACUCUUCGACCAGGUCCAACAGGUCGCUGGGGUCUUCAGUGUGGCGACUUGACAGGUACAUCAACGAAGAAACAUACGGCGCCUCAGCCAUAGCGAACAGCGAACACGGCGCCACACAAAACACACCUUUCACUGCACAAGUGGUAGGCUUGUGUCCAUGGAAGCAUUUCGAGAUCCAUGACGCCAGCGACACAGGAGGUCCGAAAGAACCGCCCACACAUCCCGUUCACAAGGCUCGCGGACGCUGGUUCAGAAAUGGUCCCAGAGCAAAAUGCCCCGUCUGCAAAGAACGUCAUACUCCUGGAUCUAUGUACAAGCAUCUACCGAGCUGCGUUGGCGACGAAGUCAAGAGGAUAGUGGAAUUGAGCGGCCGGAUACACCGAGUGCCGAACGAUCCACCGAGAGAUCGUGAUCUGUCUAUUAACGCUACGGAAGAUCAAAACAUUUUCGUAUCCCAAAUCGAAGGCCAACUCUACGGAAAGAGGUCGCCGAUGUUUGGGACACAGGACGAAUCUUGUGGACAGUCGAAGCCCAUAUAUCCAGGAUGCGGAGACAUUGCGGAAUUGACAGCGUCCUCGAGUCGUCUCUCGCUUGUGUCGUCUAGAGCAACUACAUCAUCCGAAGAAGAGACUGACUGUUCGGAAGAUGUGGAGUCUAGAGAGAGCUCCCCAAACAUUUCACAAGUCCCGCUUAGAAUGGCACCUGCGAAGCGGCGACUAGUGGAUGCCAUCAUGCAGGAGUUUCAACAUGUCUUCAGCGCGAGCCUUCGAAGCCACACUACUAACGGAAGUGAUUCGAACUCAAACGGCAGUACAGCAGGAAGUUCUACUGCCACACCCACCUAUUCAGACACAUCAUCCAUUCCCAGAAAGCGAGGCUUGAGUGGAGGUGGCUCUACUCCUCCAGAUGAUGGUGACGAUUCGCACAAACGGCGCAGACCGGACUCUGUAUCUAAGGGCAAACAACCUAUCUCAGAUCUGCGCUUUGCAUGCCCUUACUACAAGCGCAAUCCGGGUAGACAUCAAACCUUCACAUCCUGCAGGGAUCCAGGCUUCACUACCGUCGCGAGAUUGAAGGAGCAUCUGUAUCGACGCCACUUAUUACCGCCACAAUGUCACCGCUGCUGCACGACCUUCGCCGAUGAUAUUGCACUUCGAGAACAUCAACGCGACCCAAGUGGCUGCGACCUGCGUGAGCAGAUACCGCUAGAGGGGUUCGACAAAGAACAGGAGAAGAGAAUGAAAAGCAAGAAAGGCAGUCAAAUGCACCACACCGAAGUGGACAAGUGGAAAGCCGUAUACCGUAUUCUGUUUCCAGACGACCUCGAUGCAGACAUGCCAAGUCCUUAUAUUGAAUACCAACGCAAUACUACGAGCGCAGCCGAGCCAUCCAACAGCAGCCGUUUCCAAGAAUUCUCGCGUCUCGAACUUCCACGUCUCGUACGCCGUACAUUGGAGAGCAUAGUAGAACAUGAAGCUCAGCCACUGGAGGACAAGUUGAAGGAACGGCUAGUGGACAUUGUUAAGCAAUGUCAGACACAGCUCGAGACGAUGUUCCAAACAGCCGCUGGUCCAAGCGAUAUGAGCGCCGAAGCCACUAUGAGUUUAAAAGCACUACCGUCUACUUCUAUCAUUGAGCGUCCGAUUGAUACGCAUCCGCCCACCAUGUUCGGCGACUUUGUGUCAACAGAUUUACACACAACAUCAGAAGCUAUUCCAUCUCACCUGCACCCUAAUGAAGCGCCUCAACAGGGCGGAGCACUCUCUGAAACAGUCGAACCAAUAUCCGAUUUUUCAGACUCGGGCUACGAUUCCAUCAGCCUAGCUGCUUCAUCCGCCUUUGGCGUCCAUAAUGAGUUGACACAGGAAUACUUCGAUCUAAAUCAGUAUCUCGAUCUCAGCGAUUACCCACACUUUCCUGAAGCUGUAACGGAUACCGCGGUGCAGGAAGCACAGACCCACGCAAAUGACAACCAUUCUACGUGGUCUUUCGUCGAUUCGAUCACUGAUACGAACAAUGCGAACUUGUACGAGCUAGACUGUGCGCACGAUUUAGAUCACGGCUGGUGA